AUGGCGGCGACUGACUUUGCCACCUGUCCAGAGAUUAUGCCGGGACGGCCUAGGCGCUUCUUUCUUCAAAUCCCAGAGCAGGACCUAACAGAAUUCAGAGAUCUGGUCAAACUCUCCAAGAUUGGGCCAGCGACGUGGUGGAACAAGCAGAACGACCUCCAAUUCGGCAUUAGCCGUGAGUGGCUGGUCAAAGGAAAGGAAGCAUGGCUUAAUGUCUUUGACUGGCGCAAGCACGAGAAGCGUAUCAAUAGCUUCCCAAACUUCACGAUUGAUAUCGACGAUCCAGAAGCUGGAAGGCUUAACAUCCACUUCCUUGCGCUGUUCUCCGCGAGGAAUGAUGCUACACCAAUCAUCUUCAUGCACGGUUGGCCGGGCUCGUUUAUCGAGUUCCUCUCGAUGAUGGAUCUCUUGGUCAAGAGAUAUACGCCUGCAACGCUACCUUACCACAUCAUAGUUCCCUCUUUACCGGACUACGGAUUCUCAUCUGGUCCCAGUCACGACGUCGAACUAGAUUUGGAGCAGGCCGCACGCAUCAUGAACCAAUUGAUGGUCGACCUUGGGUUUUCCAGCGGGUAUGUUGCCCAAGGUGGCGAUGUUGGUAGCUGGUUGGCACGACUGAUGGCCUUACGAUUCUCCGAAUGUAAGGCGUUUCACCUCAACGUUCUCAACUUAAAUGCAACAGAUCAAGUCAGCAGCAUCGAUAGUCUUCCUGUUGAAGAGCGGCAACACCUUGAACGAUCAAAGGCAUGGCAAAACACAAGUAUGGCAUAUGCCAUCGAACAUGGUACUCGGCCUGCGACAAUCGGACUCGUUCUUUCGUCGAAUCCUCUUGCUACAUUGGCUUGGAUUGGUGAGAAGCUCAUCGAUUGGGCUGACGAUCAAGAACCACUCUCCCUUGAUACAAUCCUAUUCAUGGUCAGCUUUUACUGGUUUACAUCUACCUUCCCCCGCAGCCUGUAUCCAUAUAGAGCACAGGUGAAUGCGCCCGGGGGACUCGAAGGCUUCCCUAUCUCGAAGGAAAAGCCGCUUGGGUACUCGGCGUUUCCUUGCGAGCAUUUCAGGCUGCCUAGAGUGUGGGCUGAGCAGGUUUAUCCUAAUCUUAUGCUUUACAAGGCGCACUCCAAGGGAGGACAUUUCGCUGCUCUGGAGCAACCCACGGCCUUCUUGGAAGACAUAGAGAAGUUUAUUGGAAAGUUCAGGUCAAGUCUUACUACUAAGACUUAG